AUGCUAUCGGCUCAGCCGAGAAAGUCUAUCAUUGAACUUGCCGAAGACUCCGGCCUUUUUGAUAUCAACUCAUCAGACCUUGUUUUCGAAGCCUCUGCUAAUGGUAUUUAUUACUAUGACUAUGUUCUAAGCUCCCGCCGGUGCCCACCUAAUGAGGGAAACGGUAAAAUGCUCUAUUUGGCCAAAUUCGACGAGCGUGUCAACUUGGAAGUAUUCGAAACUGCACAUAUUCCACAAGAACUAUUCGAAGAUGGUCUUCCACAACACGAUCUUGGACUCAUGACUCUUGGAGUUCUCAUCUGGAAGCAUACCAUCGCCAAGUCUCGUGUCCUUUGCCUGGUCCGUAACAUGGAUGGAGACACUACUCAGCCACUGGAAGCUCUGAAGCGUGCCACAUACAAAUUCUCGGUCAGUCACCAUGUCCAAACAAUGUUCCCACGUCGGGCGUCGGUGUCUUCUGGCUCUUCGUUUGGCAGUAAUCAUUCUUAUCUUGCUGAAGCAAUGCGUAUGAAAGUUCUUCUGUGUCAAUCUCGUAAUCAAGUUGAAUAUAUCCCCGCCCAAGCUGUUCGUGAGACUAAAGCCCUUCUCAACCCAUCUAGUAACCCGAUUCUUUGUCUUUGCUUCCCAAUCGUGUGA